AUGGAAGGUGUUAGCCGGUACAUAACACCUUUGACAGCAGAGGAAGAGCGUCUUUUGGUUGCCAGUACUAUUCCGAAGAAUACAGGAUAUAAUAUAAAACGGGCAGUCAAUGUUUUCGAACCAUGGCAAAGUUGCCGAGAAGAUAAGACUGUUAGGAAUGUGCCUUCAAGUUCAGUGAACUUACAAAUAUGUCAAGUCGGAGACUUGACUACACCACUACACUGUAUGAAUACAGAAACAUUAAAUCUGUGGCUGAGUCGGAUUGUGGAAGAGGUUUGCAACGCGAAGGGGGAAAGAUAUCCAGCACGAAGGUUGUAUGUUAUAAUUUGCAGUUUGAAGCGAUAUUUGAGCGAUAAAAGUGGAUUGGAUCCACUGUUUAAAGACGAUAAAAGGUGCAUGAGUAGGCAGCAUUUUAAAAUGGUUGACAUGACAAAACUAAUAAAUUGGUGUGGCUGGUUUUAAUCGAUCUUUCUUCUAAAAUCUCUGUUUUGUAUUUUAAGGUUCACGUUAUUUCGCAAAGUUUUUGACGGCGAAGUGAGAGAUGCUGCAAAGAAGGGAGUUGAA